UUAAACUCGAUCACUUUUGUGGUUCAUACAAUGGAUACUCUUUAAUUGUUUUGGUUUUUUUUUCUCCUUCCCAUAGAGUCUAAAUUGUUAAUCAUCAAGUUAACUCUGUUUCCAGGAAAUUUUCUUUUAUUCUACUGCAAUUGUUUUCAAUUUGUUGUUCAUCCAUCAAAUGGGAUCCAUAUUGAUUCUUGGUCUAAAAGGUGUAGGUCAACUGACUAUAGAUGAAGAUUAAAUGGACAAUUAUAAUGAUAAUGUUUACUAUUGAUUAUUAUUUUCCAUUUAAAUAGUGAACAUUUUCAUUAUCUUCUCUUUUCAUCGUCAUCAUCUCAUAUCUCUCAUCUCGUAGUAAUAAUAUUAUAUCCAGGCAAAGUCAUCUGAACAUUCAACAACAACAACAAAACAAUUAAUAUAUUUGUCAACCAAAUGAUGUUUGUAAAAUUGAACCUUAUCUUGUUAUAAGGUAUUAUAUAAAUACGUUUAUAUAAUACAAACACUCAUUAAGGAACAAUAUUAUUAUUAUAUUUACCAGGUAAAAGAGAGAGAGAGAGAGAGACAAUUUUUAUCUUUUAUCAACUAUACUUAUUAGUAGUUAAUUGUAUGUGAUAAUUGUGAAGGAGAGGAUAGUCAGAUAAUAAGAAUAAUUUAAGUAUCUUUACCAUCAUUAGAGUAUGAGUGAUCAAAGUGAGAACAUUAAUUGUUCUAGUGUAACUAGUAAACUGCUUGACAAUUUACUAACUCUUCCAAUUGAACUAUCAACUUCACCUUCAAUACAACAAUCACAACAAUCAUCACAACAACAACAACAACAACAACAAUCUUUUGACACCAAUACAAAUAUAUUCCAGUCUCAACAAUCAACAACAACAAUGCCCUCGUUAACCGUUGGUACUAAAGGUAAAUCAACAACAACCACAACUGAAUUGGGAUCAAUUAGUGUCCCCAAGAAACAAUCAUCACCAUCAACACCUUCAACUGCAAUUGAUUUUUUCACCUUCAAAUGGUUAUUCAAGAAACGAGCUGUUCCUUUCUUAAAGAAAUCAUCUUCAUCCAUUUUCCCUGAAGCCUCAGAUAAUCAAAGUAAUCAACAUCACGGAUCAAAUUCUGUUGGUACAAUUUCUUCAAAUGGAAAUGGACUCGAUGGAUCUCGAUCUAAUAGUCGAUCAGCUGGUUCACGGUUAGACUGUCAAAGUAUUCCAGGUACAGCUAAACCAACGAGUAAAAUUUGUUCUGUGACCCAACCAUUUAUCUCUCGUCUCACCGAAACCGAAUCAACUUUAAAAUCAACCCUUCGAAUGAAACUUUCCUACAGUUUCGGUGAUAUUGGAUUUUCAAAAUGGUCUUACCUGGACAAUGGUGAAAAAGAACCAUUAAAUCCUGACAUUAACGAUGACCAUUCAUCCUUAAAUCACCCUCAUAAUCACCAUCAUCAUCCUCAUCCUCACAAUCAUCUCCAUCACCAUAGGAAUCAUUCAAAUGUCAACACUUCUCAUCAUAAUUCAAUUUCAUCAUCAAGUAAAUGUCUCUUUCCUAAAAGUGGUAAAUUAACUUCAUCUUCAUCAGCUUCAAUAUCUCACCUUCCCUCAACUCGUCGAUCUGGUUAUCAUUAUCGUCAUGAAUCAUCAAUUGGUACCCUGAGAAAUCGUGAAUUAGAUUCAAUUGAACGAUGCUCUCUCUGUCUUAAUGAGAUAUCACCUCAAUUGAUGCACACAAUUUGGUCCUGUGGAUGUCGUUUCUGUAUCAAUUGCCUACAAACUUACCUGACAAUAAAUAUAAAGGAAAACAAUAAUGUUUGUAAUUUAACUUGCCCUGAUUCAAAUUGUCCAGAGAUAAUCAAAUUAUUGAAACAACAUCCAUCCUCAACAUUAUCAUCAUCUGCUAGUAAUAAUAACAUUUCCUCAUCAUCUGGUCCUAAUCAUCAUCAUCGUUUAAUGACAUCUCUCAUAAAAACAAUGUCUCCAAAUCGUUUCACUCCCCAAGAGAUACAAUUAUUGGUACCAGAGGAGACAUUUAAUCUGUACAAAAAGUACAAAUUAUACCAGGAAGUAGAUGAAGAUCCCAAUCGAACCUGGUGUCCAAAGCCAAACUGUGUUAACAUUUGCACCAUAACAAAAUGUCAAACUGUUUCUCUGCCCUCAUCAUCAUCAUUUACCUCAUCAAAGUCAACUCAGUCCACAAAGAUGUCGCUAAACGUUUCACCGGAACUGGACAAGGCCUCAUUUUAUUGUCAAAAGUGCAAUGAAACCUAUUGUAACCUAUGCCGAAAACCCUUUCACCCUGGAACCUCAUGUUGGCCUUCAGGAGAAGAUGAUGACCUUGCCCUUUUAUUGAACAAUCAAAGUGGCUCACCAAACCGUCUCAAUAACAUUAAACGCUGCCCUCGAUGCUCCGUUUGGAUUGAGAGAGACGAUGGAUGCGCUCAAAUGAUGUGCCGUAAAUGUAAACACGUUUUCUGCUGGUUUUGCCUUCAAUCACUCGAGGAUGAUUUUUUACUUCGUCAUUAUGAUAAAGGACCUUGUAAAAAUAAGCUAGGUCAUUCCCGACCUUCGGUAAUUUGGCAUCGAACUCAAGUUAUCGCUAUUUUCGCUGGAUUUGGUUUACUAUUACUUUUGGCCUCACCCUUAUUCCUAAUCGCAUCACCAUGUAUCCUUUGUUGUAACUGUUGUUGUGGUUCAUCCUGCAAGUACUUAGACGAUGGUGAUCCCAAUGAAGAGGAAGAUGGAUUCGGUGUUGUUAAUCUGUAAAUCAUCAUCAUCAUUAUCAUCAACAUCAUCCAACACCAAAUCUACACAUGAAAUAGACAAACCUAAUGAACAUAGUUCAAUCAUCCUGAUUAAUAUCUUUAUCUUGUUAUUAUCAAUUUAAUUUUCAUUUACGUUCACCAACCUCAUUCAUUAUCUAUCCAUUUAUUUAUAUCCAUUUCUGACAUUUAUUUUUCUUCCACUUCCUCUUCCACCUCCUUCUCUCUCAUCCUUCGUCUCUUAAAUGCAUUUGUAAAUAAUCAACAUCCGCCAGGCGGGAUUACUGAACUUUGAUUGGUAAAAAACGAGACCUGAGUCCAUUUAGAAAAUGCUCUUCCUCCCGAUCCUCUCAAUAAUAUAUAUAUAUAUAAUAUUCCUCGAUUAUUGUCAUCAUUAUUGUCACCAUUCUCAUCGUCACUUCCACUUUCAUCAUCUUGGAUACUAGAAUGAACCACAAUUAAGAGGAUAAACAUCAACAGCCACAAUUUAGUGACACAACAUCAACUCACCGGAGGGGAAAAUAAUUCUAACGGAACUUUCCAAACACACAUAUUAAUCUAUUAUAUAUAUAUCGAUGGUAGUGAUCAUAAAGAUACAUCGAACUAAAUCAAUUCCAAUGACACAGAGAUAACUACAAUUAACUGAUUGUUUUCAUUCAUUUUCAUGAUAAUUUAUCAUUGAAAAUUUUCCCACUUCAUUUACUAUACAAAAACAAAGCCAAAGGAAGAUAUGAAAUCAAAAGAUACAAAUUGAUUGUCAACAUUCAGAAUACACGAGGAAUCAAUUGUAACAAUUAACAACAAAGCUGAUCAGAGUUACAAUCGAACAUCUAAUUUAGUUAUUAUAAUAGUUAUAACAAUGAUCAAAAUUGAUUAGACAAUUUAGUUAAUUACACUACUAAAACUGUAUAUACAUAUGUUUGUGUGUAUACAUAUUUGACUAGUAAAUUAUUACGAUAUUAAUUGUUACCACUUAA